CCCGCCCUGCUCUCGUUUUCUCUCAUCGCCAAAUUAUCUUUUUUUAAUACUAAAAAAAAUAAUAGUUUAAUUAGCUUUAUUUAUUCAAUUAAAGCGGUCGCCAUUAAUAAAGAGCUUCUCUCUUCUCUUCUCUUCUCUCUCUCUCUCUCUCUCUCUCUCUCUCUCUCUUAUCUUCUGGUGUUCUGAGCUUCUUCUGCUGUUCUUUUGAUUUUAAUUUAAUUUAAUUUAUUUAAUUAUUCGUGUAAAUACAAAUAUCAUUUAUUUCUCCGCAAUCAUUUCUUCUUUCCUUAAAAAUUCCUUUUUUCCUCUUCUUCGCCGAGAGAGAGGAGAGAGAGAGAGAGAGAGAGAGAGAGAGAGAGAGAGAGAGAGGCCCUAGGUUGAUUGUGAUCUUGUUGCCAUGAGAUCGGAGGGUCGGCUGCUGGAUUCAGCGGUUUUCCAGCUGACGCCCACCAGAACGAGAUGUGAGCUGGUGAUCACAGCAAAUGGGAAGUCGGAGAAGCUUGCAUCUGGGUUAUUGAACCCUUUUCUUGCGCAUCUGAAGACUGCCCAAGAUCAGAUUGCAAAGGGAGGGUAUUCUAUUAGGCUUGAACCGGACCCCGCAAGCGAUGCCUUCUGGUUCACCAAGGGUACACUUGAAAGGUUUGUCCGCUUUGUGAGCACACCAGAAGUUCUGGAACGGGUUUAUACCAUAGAGUCUGAGAUCUUGCAGAUUGAGGAUGCAAUUACCAUUCAGGGCAAUGAAAAUCUUGGUUUGAGCACAUUGGAAGAUCCUCAAUUAAAAUCCGCUGGGUUCAAUGAAGGUAGCAAGGCCGUGUUUGAUGCUGAUGCAGAGAAGGCUAUAGUUCUGUAUAAGCCUGGGUCACAAUCAAAUCCUCCUGAUUCAAAUGGCUUUGCUGCACAGGAAGAAAAUUCAAAAGUUCAACUUUUGAGAGUGCUUGAGACCCGCAAGUUUGUGUUGCAAAAAGAGCAGGGUAUGGCAUUUGCACGUGCUACUGCAGCUGGCUUUGACAUGGAUCACAUGGAAUAUUUAAUAAUGUUUGCUGAAAGUUUUGGUGCUUCACGCUUGAAGGAAGCAUGCUUAAGGUUUAUGGAAUUAUGGAAGGUAAAACAUGAAACUGGACAAUGGAUUGAAGUUGAAGCUGAAGCAAUGUCUACGCGCUCUGGGUUUCCUCCAUUCAAUGCGUCAGGAAUUGUAUUCACUGAGGAUACAAGGAAUGAUGGUGACUUGGGCAUGGAGAGUAUUGGAAAUGGUGCAACAACAGAUCCUGGCAGCGAUAAAAGGCUCCCUUUGGAUUCUCAGAUGCCACAAGGACAGCAUGAGCAUUUUCAAGGUCAUUUUCAGCAGCCUGCAUUUCCGCCAUGGGCUAUGCAUCCUCCACCAGGCCCGCCUGUAUAUCAAACAUAUCCCAUGCAUGGCAUGCCUUAUUAUCCUAAUUAUCCAGGAAGUGGCCCAUUUUAUCAGUCAGCAUAUCCUUCCUCAGAGGAUCCUAGAAUCAAUACUCAUAAAAGAAUAGGAAGGAGAAGGCAUUCAAUGAAUAGCAAGGAUAAUGAUGUAGAUUCAGAAAGCUGGGAAGAAGAUGUUGAUCAAAGUUUGUCAGAGCCUGAGAAAGAAGCAUCUCAUGGGCAUAAAUCACAUAAAAGGAGUGGUCGCUCAGGGAAGAAGAAACCAGGUGUGGUGGUCAUUAAGAACAUAAAUUAUGUCAAAUCAAAGAAACAUGAAAAAUCGGGUGAUGAGUCGCCAUCAACUUCUGAUGCUGACACUGAAGAUGAAACUGAGAAUUCUGAUGCUGUGGAAAGAAAGCAUGAGAAAUCUUCCAGGUCAUCAAAGAAGAAUGACGGUCGCAAGAGAUCUUCAGGAUCAACAUACGACAGGGAUGAUAUGGUGUAUGACAAAGACGCAGAUUCGGGAAACUGGCAAGCAUUUCAGAGUUUCUUAUUGAGAGCUGAAGAAAAGAUGGAAACUACUGUUGAUGGAGACAUGUUUGCUGGUGAGAAAGAACCUACAACGAAAAGAAGGCAGAAUUUAAGUGAAGCUGAGCCUAUCCUCACUUCUGAACGAGAUUCUGAUAACAUUCAUGAGGCAAAGAUCCUGGAAUUUGACACAGUAAAUGGGAAGGGGAGUAGAAGAAGAAUGGUGGCUUCGAACGACGAAUUGAUAACUUCAGGCGAAGGAAGGAGUUUGAGAGAAGGCCGUCUAGAUGCUCAAUUCAUAGAAAUGGAAGGUGGAGGUGGAGGAUACCGGAGGGGGAGUAGUGAUGAUUUCAUGAUCUAUGGACAAGGAAAUCAAAUAAAGAGUACAAAUUCUUCUGACCCACUUGCUGAAGAAGGAUAUGUACUUCCUAGCAAUCUGAAGAGCUCAUAUAUUGCAGCGGACGAGUCCUUCAUUGUUCCGGUUAGGUCAAGUUCACCUGGUCAACUUGAAACAGAGAUUAGACCUGCCAUUGAUAUGGAUUUGGAGUUCCCCACAUCUCUUCAAAGAAAAGAGGAUUCCUCCAAUAACAGAGAUUGCCAGAUUAGAUAUGAACCAGAUGAUCUCACCAUGAUGCCUGAGCGUGUAACUGGAAGUGAAUAUAUUGGUUAUGAUCCAGUAGAUUAUGAUAUGGAGAUACCUGUCCAAGUUGCUGUCAAACAAGAAACGGGAGACGAAGAAGAUGUCUCAGCAAGCACCAAAGAAGACUUGAAGAAUUCUGAGAAGAAGAAGUUAAAGCCACAGGAUGCGAUGGAGAAAAGAAGGAAGGAUGCACUGAUGAGAAGGGGAAUAUCCUCAAAGUCGAGUCCCUUGACUGAAGCACAAAAACGUGCAGAGAAACUGCGAGCUUAUAAGGUUGAUCUUCAGAAGGCAAAGAAAGAAAAUGAAGAAGAAGAGAGGAAGCGGUUGGAAGCUUUGAAAAUAGAAAGACAGAAAAGAAUAGCUGCAAGAAGCAGCUCAAAUGCCACACAGUCACCAUUAGUAAAGGAUACUAAAGUUGGAUUGCCAAAGAAGGCUUCUCCUAGCUCUUUCAAAGGAUCAAAGUUCAGUGAAGUCGAGUCAGGGUCAAGUUCACCUCUCCAGAAGUUAAAUACCAGGAGAAGUUCAACUGGGUCCAGUAAUUCUCAAAAAACUACUGGAGCUAGUAGAUCAAUUGGCAGCAGCAAUGGAUUGGCUAAGUCAGUAUCAUCGUUGUCGGAGGCAAAGAAGGCAAGCAAUGGUAUCAUGCCCGAAGCAAAGGCAACUGCUUCUCGUACUAAAAGACUUUCUGAUCCUAGCGUGGGAAAUACCCCACAUGCUUCACAGAAGUCGGUAGCCACUGAUCAAUUGUGGAAACAAAACAUUGCAAAUGGGCCUCAAGUGAAGAUCUCUUCAAUAGUGCAGCUGGACAAAACCAAUUUUGAUACAGUCCAAAAUAAGUCGGUCACAAAGGAGACGGUACAGCGAGAUUCUGGCAACACUCUUCAAGCAUCUGGAAGUUUCCAAGAAAAACAGACCAAAAAGAAUCUCCCAAGGGUUAGCAUCGGUGAUGACAAUCCAGUGAUCGAGAAGAAUGUUGUGAUGCUCGAAAAUGAAAUGAUCACUGCACCUGCCCUUCGGUCAUCUGAAGGACUGACAGGAACAACUGAUGGUGCAAAAGAGAAAGCAGGGACUAAGUCAGAAUAUGCAGCUGUUCGUGCUCAACCUUCACCCAUUAUUAUGGGGGAAGUUGAGGAUCCAGGUCAGCAUAAGCGGGAUGACCAGCCAGAUAGCUACGAGGUGGUUGAUGAUUCUAAGAAUGAUGAACCCCAGCAUUUCUCUAAGUCUGUCACUGAGAACUACUAUCAAGCUCCAUAUGCGAGAGCAACUUCUUUGGAGGAUCCUGAUGCCAGUGAUAUCAAAUACAGUGAAGCACCAAGCGUACAAUCAGAAAUAACUUCAACUUACCCAGAAACUGUUAAGGCACUUGUAUCUGAUUUUUCAGACUCAAACUUGACAGAACAAACCAAUGAAUUGGUUGAGAAACCUCGGAGCAAAGAAUCUAAAGGUUUCAGAAAGCUAUUGAAAUUUGGGAGAAAGAGUCACAACUGAUGGAUCAUCUGCUAAUGAUCAGACUCUCUUCUAAUGAUGUUCAUUGUCUGUUCUCCAUUCUUUCACCCUUCAGAAACAGCAAUAGCAAAGACAAGAAGCUGGCAGCAUGAGGACUGAGGCUACUGUAAAAUUUUUUAUUAAUGUCAGGGAGUCAGUUUCUGAGUUUUGAAAUGAGAAAGAAGCUGAGGGGAUCUGAUUUGUUUUUAUUUUUAUUUUAUUUUAUUUAUAAAUCAUUGUGUUGUAAAACAUAUCUGUAAAAUUUGUAUGUCUGUCCAAAAUCAUUUAUUGUUGUUGAUAUAAUGAGUUGUUUCCAUCUUUGUUAUUAAAUGCAGUGUAUAUUUUUGGUA